UCAUGUGAGUGACGGGGCGGAAGUUCAGUCAGAUCCAACAUGGCGGCGAUGCUGCACAAUUGUCAUCGCUGAAGUAAACAUUCACUUUAUUUUUAAUACGUGGUUCACGUGUAAACGUUUUUAUUUGUAUUAACGUCGCCAUGGAUUCGCAGUGACGGUUUUUCGACGGUUCGACGUAACGAAGAAGAGAGGAGCGUCCUCAACUCAGCGGCGGCCAUGUCUCUGGGAGAGACCGCGUCGGAGUCGGCGCCCUUCUUCUCCGAGGACAGCGGGGGGGAGGAGCCGGGCGGCGGCGCCGUGGCCCGGCGGGCGCAGGAGGAGCCGCCCAGCGGCGUGUCCAGUGUCCGGGCGCUGCUCACCGUCCUCAUCCUCUGUUACAUCAACCUGCUCAACUACAUGGACCGCUUCACCGUGGCAGGUGUUCUCCCUGACAUCGAGCAGUACUUCGGUAUCGAUGACGGGAAGUCCGGCCUCCUCCAAACGGUUUUCAUCUGCAGCUACAUGUUCCUGGCUCCGGCCUUCGGUUACCUCGGCGACCGCUACAACAGGAAGGUCAUCAUGAGCUUCGGCAUCAUGUUCUGGUCCGUGGUGACGCUCGCCAGCUCCUACACCCCCAAAGAGCACUUCUGGGCCCUGCUGCUGACCCGAGGUCUGGUGGGGGUCGGGGAGGCCAGUUACUCCACCAUCGCCCCCACCAUCAUCGCCGACCUGUACGUGAAGGAGCAGCGGACCAACAUGCUCUCUGUGUUCUACUUCGCCAUCCCAGUCGGCAGCGGCCUCGGGUACAUCGUGGGGUCACAGGUCGGCGGCGCGGCGCAGGACUGGCACUGGGCUCUACGGGUGACUCCCGGUCUGGGUCUGAUCGCCGUGCUGCUGCUGCUCUUCGUGGUCAAGGAGCCAAUCAGAGGAGCCAUUGAAGACCAGCCGGAGAACCACACGCAGCGCACCAGCUGGCUGGCAGACCUGCAGGCUCUCAGCAAGAACUACAGCUUCGUGCUGUCCACCUUCGGCUUCACGGCCGUGGCGUUCGUCACCGGCUCCCUGGCGCUGUGGGCGCCGACGUUCCUUUUCAGAGCUGCUGUCUUCACCGGCGAGAGGCCCCCCUGCGUGGAGGGGAACUGCGCCUCCUCAGACAGUUUGAUCUUCGGGGUCAUCACCUGCGUGACAGGUGUUCUGGGCGUGGCCAGCGGCGUGCAGGUGAGCCGGCAGCUGAGGAUGAGGACGGGCCGAGCCGACCCGCUGGUCUGCGCCGCCGGGCUGCUGCUCUCGGCGCCGUUCCUCUACCUCGCCAUCGUGUUCGCCCAGGCCAGCACCACCGCCACAUACGUCUUCAUCUUCCUCGGCGAGACCUUCCUCUCCAUGAACUGGGCCAUCGUGGCUGACAUCCUGCUGUACGUCGUCGUUCCGACGCGUCGAUCCACAGCCGAAGCUUUUCAGAUCGUCAUCUCGCACCUGCUGGGAGACGCAGGCAGUCCCUACAUGAUCGGAGUGGUGUCAGACUCCCUGAGGAGGACGGACUCCUUCCUCUGGCAGUUCCGCUCGCUGCAGCUCUCCCUGCUGCUCUGCUCCUUUGUGGCCGUGGUGGGAGGCGGCUUCUUCCUCGCCACCGCGCUCUUCAUCGAGGGAGACCGGGACCGGGCAAAGAACCACGCCCCCCCAGAGGACGAGCCCAUCGUGGUCCCUCAGAGUGGACGCUCCACCCGGGUUCCGGUGUCCAGUGUUCUGAUCUGAGUUCAGUCCGGCGCUCGGAUCCCUUUCUUUUCUGGAUAUUUUUACAUUUUCUGCUUUUUUCUUCUUCAAUAAUUCUAAAGCGAGAACUUAAGGGAAGUUUUUAUUUUUAUUUUUGGAGCAGAUGACAGAGACUCGUGAUCCUGCUGCUCUGAGAUCAGCUGGAUCCUCCACCUCAUUUCAUUUUAUAUUCAGCUGAAGCGUUAUUAUUAUUAUUAUUAUUAUUAUUAUUAUCCAUAAUCCUGUGUUUUAUGUUUGAAUUAAAACACUAACAGACACAAAGAGAAGAGAAUCUUUAUCUCUUUCAUGAGGAAAACUUGUUCAUACUUGUUUUGUUAAAGAAAAUUAAAAAAGAAUUAACUUGUUACACUUUGUGGAAAUGGUUUAAUACAAAGGAAAAAUUCUUUAAGCAUCAUUGAAGUAUUAUUAUGGUUAUUACAUAAUUUACUUUAAUUUGUUCUACAUGAAUUGAAUGUAAAAAUAAAAGCACUGCAAAACUAAAAUGAUAAUUGAUAACAAUUAGUAGUAGUUUUAUUAUCCUCAUCAGAGUUUAAACUGAUGCAAUUAGAUUUAAUAUGUUGGUACAAAGAAACAUGAGCUAACGCAGAUUAAAAUCUAUGUAAUAUUGUAUCACUACUUUUAUAACUACUAUUAUUAAAAACGAGACAUUU